AUGUUUGCAGUGCUGGGCACGGCGAGCCCCCAGUCGUCCACAGGCCAUGGCCAGCCCCAGGCCGGGUCUCCCAUGCUGGGCACGGCGAGCCCCCAGUCGUCCACAGGCCAUGGCCAGCCCCAGGCCGGGUCUCCCAUGCUGGGCACGGCGAGCCCCCAGUCGUCCACAGGCCAUGGCCAGCCCCAGGCCGGGUCUCCCAGUACCCCGGGCCCAGUGGGAGGUGUGCGAAGAGGCAAGGGGUGGCGCGAGUGGCGCAGAGGAGAUCCCACCCUUAUUAACAGUCUCUGGAAGAGCAAGACACCACUGGGUAACGCGGAGAUGUAUAUCGUGCUGGCGCUGCUGAUCGGGUUCGUCACCGUCGUGAUCGGCUGCUGGCUCUCUGACAACUGUUGGUCUCCGGAGCCCGAGCACCUCACGACGAUUGCAUAGCAUCUCCACACCAGGGUGGCGAGGAUACACACUGUCGUCAUAGAGCAGUGGACCGAGCCACCGGUGGUACCUGUCAUUCAGACUGUCUAGUGAACUAUCGAAUAGUGCAAUCGACUAA